AUAACGACUUUCUUAUCUUGAUAAUGUACAAACUUGUAUAUACAAACUUUGCAAAAUUAAAAAUGAGGUCGACAGGACUUUAUUUUGUUCUCUGUACAAUAUUAACUGUUGUCUUGACACAGUCAACAUCCCCAGCUUGUGAUGAUAUUGACACUACAGCAUGCAAACUUAUGGUUUCCCAAAGACCAGACCUUUGCUCAGAUAUAACACUUGCUAAGUCAGUGUGUGCUAGGUUCUGUAAAUUAUGCCCGGUCGAAUGCUACCAUUGUAAUGCGACUGUGAUGGACUAUCACCUCUGUAAUACAACAAUGCUUUGUCCGGAAGGAGAGGUUUGUAUGAGGAAGGAGUUGAAAUCGUUCAUUGACGGCCAUCAUGAGUAUCAAAUGACGUGCGAGGCUAAACAGAUUUGUGAUGGCGGAAGUGAUCUUUCUAUCCCGUUUGGAAAACGUGGCGUAAAGCAGCGUGAUAUCUCGAUCACGUGCUGUGCGGAAGACUUUUGUAAUUACCCUGGUGGUCCACAGCCGUCGUCUUCAUCAGGAUGUCCAAAGGAUAUCUAUUUUCUCGUUGACGGAACAUCACAAGUUGUACACAAUGAACAAACGAACUUGAUAGGUGCUUUAUUAGCAAUAGCAAAACGUCUCGAUAUUGGCAUGACGGAAAAUCUCGUAGCACUUUACAUGUAUGACCAGACCCUGCAUGAAAAGAUUGGGCUUCAACAAAGCACUGAUGAGGCUAGUUUGAUAUCCAACUUGCAGUAUGUGACACUGGACGGUCAAGUUCGAGGACAUGAUACAGAUGGAGCUAUUCAAGACUUAGUGAACCAUGCACUAGUACCAAAGGCUGGGGACCGCUCUAGUUUUCCGGAUGCUGUUGUGCUCAUCACCGAUUCAAGAACCGCACAAUUAGUUCAUCUUAGCAUCAGUCAACAAAGAGAACUUCAAGGCGCAAGUCAUGACGUCAUUGUAUUGAGCGUCGGGCCUCGUUUGAAUACGCUUUGGGGUGGAUUAGCUGGUUUGGAUGGUGAAAAUACAAUAGCGACAGAUAAAACACACGUGAUACACGUCGACAAUUUGCAUAGUCUUAUGAAUUUGGUUGAUUCACUUGCAGCUUUAUUAAACAAAUGUUAACUGUAUUUCCUAUAAGCAAAUGCGUUUAGAUAAUAUAGUUUGCUUGUAAGGCUUUAAUGUGAGUUUAGUUGUUCACUUUAAAUAUCAAACUAUCUAAUAUCAAACUUUCUUCUAGUGUUAAUUCAAAUUCAAAUAAAGCUACCAAAUUAAGA